CUGUGCGGGAGCGUCCAUCGGCCAACGCCGGCCGGUCAGUGUUUACUCCGUGACGAACUGCGCCGGAAGUGAGGAUGAGUGGCAGGAUAUUCGCUGCGCUGCUGGUGCUGUUCGGGGCCCGGUUCAGUGCGUGCAACAGCUUGCCGUGUGACUUCACCGACUCGGUCAACAUAACGGCCGGCGAGCGGCUAGCGAACGGGGACAUCCGGCACGAUGGGGUGGUGUACAACUCCACCUUCUACCGGACGAUCGACUACGAUUACGUGGACUUUGCAACACGGAAGUACGUCCCGCCCUACGUCCGGGGCUGCCUGUGCGCGGUGCGGAUCUGCGUGCGCUUGUGCUGCGCCACCGAGAACGAAUACCUGACACGGGUAUGUGUGUCGUCGAACGCGUCCUUGCCGCUGAUGGUGAACGUGAGUUCGACGGAAACAAUUGACCUGCGGAACAGCACCCACGGGUACGGGUUCCUGCGUGGUAAGCCCUGCGCGCAUGUGUACGAGCUGACGCCACAGGAGCGCCCUGAGGAUGAGUGGAUCGUCGCAAGGAAUGGCAGUAUUAUCAUUGCGGAUAUGAUGCUUGUGCCGCGGAACGAGUACUGCAUAGCGCCCCGGAAGGACGAUUUUUACGUCUCCGGGCUGGUCUGCUUCGAGUCGAAUGAGGAGUUUAAGUACCAUCUCUAUCCAGUCGGCAUGCUGAUUUCGGUGCCGUUCCUGCUGAUGACAUUCUUCGUGUACGCCUGCAUCCCGGAGCUGCGGAACAUGCACGGCAAGUCGCUGAUGUGCUACGUCCUGGGGCUGAGCGUCGGCUACACCGUCCUCUCGCUGGUGCAGCUGCAAGCCUUCCCCGGCACGAGCAUCUCGUGCGUCAUCUCCGGCUACAUCGUCUACUUCUCGUUCAUGGUUAGCUUCUUCUGGCUGAACGUGAUGUCUUUCGACAUCUACUGGACGUUCAAGUAGGUCCCCCACUGUGCUCACUCGACGGGUGUCCUUCGCAGCACGGAAACGAAGAAGUUUAUGCUGUACUCGCUGUACGCGUGGGGAUGCCCGACCCUGAUGGUGGUGGUCGCCAUCGUUGCCGAUCACACCGAGCUGCUGCCGAUCUACCUUCGCCCGCAGUUUGGCACGACCAGAUGUCUGUUUGUCGGAAAUAAACUCAUCGAGUUUCUCUACCUUUACCUGCCGCUGCUGAUUCUGGUGUUUAUGAACGUGCUGUUCUUCGUGAUAACUGCACUGCGGAUCUACAAGAUCCAGUGCGAGACGUCGGUCGUUCGCCGUGGAGACUCGAAGCGCCAUACCAAACUGGACAACGAUCGUGAUAGAUUCGGACUGUACUUGCGGCUGUUCAUCGUCAUGGGUGUCACCUGGUCGCUGGAAAUCAUAUCUUGGGCGGUGGGCAACAAUGCGUGGAUAUUCUACGUCUCGGACGUGUGCAACUGCAUCCAAGGAUUUCUCAUAUUUGCGCUGUUCGUGUUGAAGCAGAAAAUUAAACGAUUAAUUUACAGAAGGUUUGGUAUCAAAGAGACCAGACAGGAGCAAACGAUGUCUACGUGCAGCUCGCGUACCACGGCCACCACGACUUCAUCCUACAACGGUUCCAAAUCGGAAAAACCGUUGGUCAUGCAGACCAACACCAGCUUCGGAUCGGUGGCACCACGGCGUGUUUCGUGUCACUGUUCGUGGAGUGUGCGUGGAGUGGCCACCGCCCCAGAUCGGCGGGACCUCGUGUUAGUCGUGCGGAAACGCUACAUUGUCCAAAUGAAUUCGAAAAAAAUGAUGCAACGUGGGUCUUAUCGCGGCCCCACGAUAAGGGCGGCCCGUCGGUGUUGGUGGCGAUGGCACUGGUUGCUGGCCGUCGUGGUGUUGGUGUGGUUGGCCGGCACCGCCACCGCCGGGCAACCGUGCCCGGUGCGUGAGUCGGUGGAUAUCACGAACGGCACCGAGGACACUGCCGGAAGGAUCGACCACGAGGGUGUUCUGUAUGGUCCUUCGCAGCACUUCUGGGACGGAGGCGUCCGGCGGGGAUGUGUUUGCCUGGUGCGUCAGUGUAUUCAUAUUUGCUGUCCCGGCAAGCCCUGUACCGUGCAGGAACUGAAUGUAAACGUCUCGGAACCGCUCGACGGUGCCUCGUAUCGGACGGUGGACCUCGCGCAACAUCCGGAUCGCUUUCAUAUGCUCUACUCGCUGCCCGAGUGCGACGGAACGCUGCUGUCGCUCGAUUGGAACGAAUAUGUGCUGAGACCGGACAGCACACUGGCCUACGGAUCGUCGGUGUACGAGUACCGUCAGUACUGCCUCCAGACGGAAGGUCCCGAGGGUCUGGUCAACGCCGGGUACUGUGAAACGGUCGACGCGCUGGCGUUCCAUCGGAUGUACUCGAUCGGCAUCUUAGUGUCGAUUCCGUUUCUGCUGGCCACCUUCCUGGUGUAUGCGAUCCUACCGGAAAUGCGCAACGUCCCGGGGAAGUCGCUGAUGUGCUACGUUGGCGCCCUCAUCGUUUCCUACGUGCUGCUGGCCUUGAUGCGAUUCAACGUUUACGGGUACCGGUCGACGCUCUGCUUCGUGACCGGCUACGUGGUGUACUUUUCCCUGCUGGCCAGCUUCUUCUGGCUCAACGUGAUGUCGUUCGACAUCUACUGGACGUUCGGCGGGAGUCGCGGCCGGACGAGCGAACGGCGCCGGUUCCUGUACUACUGUCUGUACGCCUGGGGCGCUCCCCUGGUGAUCCUGUCCUUUGUCCUGCUGGCCGACAACACGGACUUUCUGCACGAAGCGAUACGGCCCCAGAUCGGCACUAGCCGGUGCUUCGUCAAGGAGGAGAUGCUGAUUGGCUUCCUGUACAUGUACCUGCCGCUGCUGGUGCUCGUCGGUGCCAACGUACUGUUCUUCGCCAUCACGGCCAUCCGCAUCUUUCGCAUGGAACAGGCCACGGCCGCCGCCCUAUCGGGUGAUUCGCGGCGCCACGCCAAGUACGAGAAGGAUCGCAAUCGGUAUGUACCGGCACCGCUAAUGGCACGUCGUUGACACGUUUCGCACAUCCGGCUCCCCCGCAGGUUUAGCCUCUAUUUGCGCCUGUUCACCAUCAUGGGUGUGACCUGGACGGUGGAGAUAGUCACCUGGCUCGUCGGCGGCGAAUCGUGGCUGGUUUACGCGCUCGACAUCUGCAACCUUUUCACCGGCAUCGUCAUAUUCGUGCUGUUUGUUUGGAAGCAGAAAGUGAAGACCCUGUUGCUGCAGCGAUUCACCAACCGGGAGGAGUCGAGGGCACGCGGUGAGCACCAGACGAACACCAGCACUAUCAGCACGACACGAUCGACGGAAGUGAAAUUCGGCCCUAACCUCACCGACGUUCCCCUAACCGACAUGACUCACUACUUCGUGGCCGGUGGCUGCCCCAUGCGAUGGGGUAAUUCGAGAAUCGAGAAACUCAAAAUAGAACAACAGAACGGCGGCGGCGGCGGCAGCGGCGGUGGCGAAGAAUCUCCAUUCAGUCCCGGAGACUGUGAAGAGUCAGAUCUACCCCUGAACCGAAGCUGGACACCGACCAGCCGUGAGGUGAACGUGAAAGGAAGCGCCGGCUAUUGGUUGAUCUACGCGACGCCACCCGCUUGGAAUUAUACUCCCGGAUUCGCGUUGCGCAUCUCGGGCUACGAAGGCGAACUGAACGAUGAUGGUAGCUUCGCGUACGGCUCGAACGUGUACGCCCGUCGAACGUUCUGUGUUAAUCCGGGCUCAGAGGCGACCCCCUUCGUGUGGAUAAAGGAAGCACCGGAACAGAUCGAUGUGCAUCAUUGGCAUUCGUUGGGUAUGAUCAUAUCGGUACCGUUCCUGGUGGCCACACUGCUCGUUUAUCUAGCGAUACCGGAUCUUCGCAACAUCCCCGGGAAAUCGUUGAUGUGUUAUGUGGUUGCUCUUACCAGCAGCUACGUGACCUUGAUCCUCAUCAAGCGCAGCAUAAUCGACCGAUCGCCCGAAUGGUGCACAGCCAUCGGUUAUCUCUGCUACUACUUCCUCAUGACCAGCUUUUUCUGGCUCAACCUGAUGGCAUUUGACAUCUACUGGACGUUCGGGGGACGACGACGGUCUACGACUGACCGUGGCAAGUUCUCCCUUUACUGCUGCUACGCGUACGGUUUGCCUUUGGUAUUCUUGGCCCUCGCCCUGGUGGCCGACAACACUGAGCUACUGCACUCCAGGAUUCGUCCAGGGUUUGGCGAUGGCCAAUGUUUGUUUCGGGGGUUCGUGGUCAGCAGCAACCUUUUCUUCUUCAUCAGCACCGCCGCCAAGAUUAACCACAUCGAGCGCUCGACCGCAGCCGCCCUACAGGGAGACUCCGGGCGCCACAGCAAAUAUACAAACGAACGGAAUCGCUACGGACUGUACGUUCGAUUGUUUGUGGUGAUGGGUGUCACUUGGAUGUUUGAGCUCAUCACCUGGGCGGCCGAUUCCCACAACUGGUUGGUUUACGCGACGGACAUUUGCAACUGCAUCAGCGGGGUGUUCAUAUUCUUCUUGUUCGUCUGGAAGCGCAAAGUGUUGAUGCUGCUGCAAGAGAGGCUUAAGGGAAAGCAGGUCCGGAAGCAGGUUCAACCACUGUUUUCCGUGACUGCCACCAAAACGACCAGCUUAACGCAGACUGCCUCCGCACCGAAGUUGGAAAGCUCCAGUAACUAA